AUGACCCUCCAUCUCCCCCUCAACGCAGCCUCGCCCCUGCCCCCGUCCCCCUCCUUUCUUGUCCCCGCCAAAGACCAUGCGGCAUAUCUAGCCAGGGCCUUCCAUGCUAUCAUGAAAGCGAGGCGCAUCGUCGUCAUCUGUGGUGCUGGCAUCUCGGUCCAGGCGGGCAUCCCAGACUUUCGUUCCGCGGAUGGCCUCUUUCAGUCCAUUAAGCGCGAUAACCCAAAGGAGGCCAUGUCCUCUGGGAAAGAGCUUUUCGACGUGUCGGUUUUCAAUUCUGAGCAGAAAACUUCGUUGUUCUGCCAGAUGAUCGCCCAGUUGUCUGAUCUGUCUCAGGCGGCGGAGCCUACAUCAUUUCAUCAAGUUCUUCGUGAGCUAGACGACCGCGGAAGACUACUACGUGUGUAUACACAGAACAUAGAUGCCAUCGAGCAAAAAUCGGGUCUUUCGUUCGGCGUGCCCGAGUAUGAAGGCAAGCGCGGCAAGGCCGCCAGAGCAAAGGCCAAACUAAAAGCUGCCGCCGCUGCUGCCGCCGCCCUCGCUGCUACUGAGGAAUCCGCGACUACUCCUGCGAACCCAGAUCAACAACAGACUGAGAGCAGCAGCGAUCCAGUACCAUCGACGAGCCGCCUUCCGUCCCCACCGGCAGAGACCCCCCGCUGUAUCCCACUGCACGGCACCCUCCAAUCAAUGCACUGCCAGAUCUGCAACCACUCCUCACCACUCCUUGACUAUCUGCCCUCACUAGCCUCAGGUGUUCCGCCGCCGUGCCCCGAGUGCACCUCCCUCGAAGCGACGCGCCAGCUUGUCGGCAAGCGCCCGCGGGGCAUCGGCCGUCUUAGGCCCAGCGUUGUGCUGUACAAUGAGAUGCACAAGGACGGCGAGGGCGUGGGUGAUAUUGUGCAGAAGGACCUCAUGGGCGCGAGUAAAGGUAAAGGACGGAGCGGCGCGGACCUGCUGCUUGUCGUCGGCACGUCCUUGCGGGUUCCCGGGACGAAGCGCAUGGUGAGAGAGUUUGCAAAGGCUGUUCGGUCCCGCGGUGCGGGGAGCUCUUCGACUACGACGAAAGACGAGCAGCAGCAGCACGUACCAACGACGCCUGCGCAUGGGGGCCGGACGACGGUGAAUAGCAAUAGGACGAGCUCCGGGUUGGCUACGCCUGCACCUUCUCCGCGGCGCUCGCCUACGGCGGACGACGAGUCCGCUUCUGGGAGCAGCAGCAGCAACGCCGCGCCUAUGAAGGCGAUCUAUUUGAAUCUAGACUUUCCUGUGCCGACGCGUGAAUGGGAGGGCGUAUUUGAUGCGUGGAUACAGGGUGACGCGCAGGAUUUUGCGGAGAUGCUAAAGGUGGAAAUUGAGAAGGAGGCAAAGGCGAAGGAGGUGUUGGUUGAGAAGAAGAUGAAGAAGAAGAGGGAGGAAGAAAUUGAGGUGCAGGCGGAGGAAAAGGAGAAGGAGAAAGGGGAAGUUGCAGAGGCGAUGUUGGAUUUGGCAAGUAAGGGCAAAGAUAAUUAUGCCUUGCGAGAGGAGGAAGAAGAAGAAGAGGAGGAGGAGGAAGAGGAUGGACCCGCGGAAGAUGAAUUACCGGACUAUGGCAGGAUGAUGUUGCAGAGGGAGAAGGAGAAGAAAGCCAAGGCAAAGGUGAAGGAGAUUCUGAAAAAGCAACAGCAACAGCCAUAUGGGAGUACAUCGGUGAAGCGCAAGUUGGGGCAAGUAUCGAAGAAUCCUUCGUCUUCGUCUUCAUCAUCUCUGUCAUCCUUGUCGUCACUGUCGUCGUCCGCUGAAUCUUUGCCUUCUCUAUCUUCGUCAUCGAUUACUCCACCUACACCGACUUCUUUGGGUAAGAGAAGAAAGGCGUCGUUGCCACUAUCGCCACCAUCUACUCCAGUUGUAAGAAGAAAGGUCAGAGGCGAGCCACCGUUAUCGACGAGAACGAGCAAGGGGAAGGGGAAAGAGAGAUCACGAAACGAAGAUGGUAACAGCGACGAGGAUAUCAAAAUGGAUGAUAGAACAACUCAGCAGACGACGCAUACGCACUCAAAUUCAAAGCUUUUCGUGCGCAUUCCUCCGCGCGUCCCAACCGCCAAUGUGCAGUCAGAGAAUAUGAAUAUGCAUGUCAAGACGAAUCUGACGAAUUCUGUUCCUCAGCCGCGGUAUGUGUAUACGCCACCGCAGCCACCGUUACAGCCGUAUUAUAGGGCGUCGUAUGUCCCGCCGUUGUAUGUGAGGCCAUAUGAGUUUUUGAGAGGAGAUCGGAUGCAUGUAGGUGCGGAGGAGGAUAUGGAUGUUGAUGUUGACGUCGUCGGGGACGAGCGAACACAAUACGAUUACGAACAACCACACACUCCAGCGCGUUUCUCCCCUCUGUCAAGGUACGCUGGCGGCAUGUCUUCUCAUCCUCAUAUGCCCGUUCAGUCACACUCGCACCCGCCCUCGCGUUCGCGUUCUGGCUCGAUGCGUGACUAUGACCAUGCCCGUGAUAAGGAUAUUCUGAACAUGUCGCCGCCAACCAGUCCGUCGAGGUAUCGCCAUUCCAUUUCAUCGUCGUCGUACUCGCGCUCUCCAUCCCUUUCGUCGAUGCCGUCGUCUCCUACCUCUAUUCGUGUGCCUCCACGCCCUCGGGCUGUUCCGCCUUCUCCUCCUUCGAUUCAUCAUAGCUAUGAUCAGUACCAUUCUUCUCCUUCUCAUUAUGCUUCGCAGACUUCAGGCGCUGGGAUGGAGACUGCGGUAUCGCUCCCGACGCCGCCGCGCUUGAACGACCACCAUCGACUUGGGGGCAGGAUUGACCAUAGUCAUACCUUGCUCAGUUUGCGCAUGGCGCGGACGCAGCUCGCAGCUCAGGAUGCUGCGUGA